GGGGCGGCGCGGCCCCAUGAKGCGCUGAGGCGGCGGCGCGGGAUGGCGGCGGGCGGCGGCGGGCGGCCGCCGGGCCCCGACUCCGCGCUCGAGCCCUACGUGCAGACCCGCAUCUUCAAGAUCAUCGUCAUCGGCGACUCCAACGUGGGCAAGACCUGCCUGACCUUCCGCUUCUGCGGGGGCACCUUCCCCGACAAGACGGAGGCCACCAUCGGCGUGGACUUCCGGGAGAAGACRGUGGAGAUCGAGGGGGAGCGCAUCAAGGUGCAGGUGUGGGACACGGCCGGCCAGGAGAGGUUUCGCAAGAGCAUGGUAGAGCACUACUACCGCAACGUGCACGCCGUGGUCUUCGUUUACGACGUCACCAAGAUGACGUCCUUCACCAACCUCAAGAUGUGGAUUGAGGAGUGCAACGGGCACGCGGUGCCCGCUCUGGUGCCCAAGGUGCUGGUUGGCAACAAGUGUGACUUAAAGGAACUGAUCCAGGUGCCCUCCAGCAUGGCGCUGAAGUUUGCCGACGCUCACAACAUGCUGCUCUUCGAGACCUCGGCCAAGGACCCUCAGGAGAGCCAGAACGUGGAGUCCAUCUUCAUGUGCCUGGCCUGCCGGCUCAAGGCGCAGAAGUCGCUGCUCUACCGAGACGUGGAGAGGCAGCCGAGCAGGGCGCAGAAACUGGAGCCGCCGCACGAGGCGCACGGUAAAGCCUCGUGCCCGUGCUGAGCGGCG